AUGAAGAUCUUCUGAGGUGUUGAUCAAUUCGUGAAUUCAAAAUAAGAUUAAUCGGUUAUGCUAGAUACAAUAGGCCCUGAAUUGCAAGUUCUUAAUAAAAGUGAAAAAUCGAUUGCACUGAAGGCUGAAUCAUCGGUUGUUUUGACUCCGGAUCAAGAUAAAGAAGCAACUUCAGAUGUAUUUCCAAUCAAUUAUGAUGGAUUAGCAAAGGCAGUAAAGAAAGGAGACACCAUCUUUCUAGGUCAAUACCUGUUCACAGGAAGUGAAACUACAUCAGUUUGGCUUGAGAUAUGUACUUUACCUGGAAGCGGUGCAGCAGAUAUGUACUCGAAUUGUAAGCAGCGGAUAUAUACUCGAAUUUGUAAGCAAUGGAGGAAGUUGUGUACCGAUAUCGGGAAGGUACCUGUCGACCAACAGAUCUUUGGGUUCGAAAAUUCAUUAGGAAAGUCUGACCCCAUUUGGAUAGCAAUGUACACUGAGAAACCACAAACAUUAAGGGAGAUGAGGAAGAUGCAAGACCAUUACAUCGCAUUAGAUGAGAUACAAGAGCAGGAUAGAGGAGUAUAA